ACACAAACAGAUAGGAGGAGGGCACCAGCCAGAGCCACUUGCAGGACUGGGGUUUCUUGCAACAAAACCUUUGCAGCGUGAAGGAAAUAUAAGCCAGGUUUAAUUGGUUUCUAUUUCUCGUGGGUAGAGUUAAUUUUUUUUCUACUUAUUCUGACAAAGAAAGAACCCCAAAGCACAUUCCUAUUUCACACCUGCUUUUAGUUUCCGGGAUAGUCUAAACUCCAGAGAGAGCUGUAGCAUCCACUCUGUCCUCUCCGCUUUGUACACAGAUGGGGUGGCUGGACGAGAGCAGCUCUUGGCUCAGCAAAGAACGCACAGUAUGAUCAGCUCAGUGGAUGUGAAGUCAGAGGUUCCAGUGGGCCUAGAGCCCAUCUCACCUUUAGACUUAAGGACAGACCUCCGGAUGAUGAUGCCCGUGGUGGACCCAGUUGUCCGUGAGAAGCAACUGCAACAAGAGUUACUCCUCAUCCAGCAGCAGCAGCAGAUACAGAAGCAGCUCUUAAUAGCAGAGUUUCAGAAACAGCAUGAGAACUUGACCCGGCAGCACCAGGCUCAGCUUCAAGAGCACAUCAAGUUGCAACAGGAACUUCUAGCCAUAAAACAGCAGCAAGAACUCCUAGAAAAGGAGCAGAAACUGGAGCAGCAGAGGCAAGAACAGGAAGUAGAGAGGCAUCGCAGAGAACAGCAACUUCCUCCUCUCAGAGGCAAAGAUAGAGGACGAGAAAGGGCAGUGGCAAGUACAGAAGUAAAGCAGAAGCUUCAAGAAUUCCUAUUGAGUAAAUCAGCAACGAAAGACACUCCAAGUAAUGGAAAAAAUCAUUCCGUGAGCCGCCAUCCCAAGCUCUGGUACACGGCCGCCCACCACACGUCAUUGGAUCAAAGCUCUCCACCCCUGAGUGGAACAUCUCCAUCCUACAAAUACACUUUACCAGGAGCACAAGAUGCGAAGGAUGAUUUCCCUCUUCGGAAAACUGAAUCCUCAGUUAGUAGCAGCUCUCCAGGGUCUGGUCCCAGUUCACCAAACAACGGGCCAACUGGAAAUGUCACGGAAAGUGAGGCCCCUGUUCUGCCACCUGCUCCUCACACUGAGCAGUUGGUUUCACAACAACGCAUUCUAAUUCACGAAGAUUCCAUGAACCUCCUAAGUCUUUAUACCUCCCCCUCGCUGCCCAACAUCACCCUGGGACUUCCAGCAGUGCCAUCCCAGCUGAAUGCUUCCAAUUCACUCAAAGAAAAACAGAAGUGUGAGACCCAGACGCUCAGACAAGGUGUUCCUCUGCCGGGCCAGUAUGGGGGCAGCUUGCCAGCCUCCUCAAGUCACCCCCACAUCGCGUUAGAGGGAAAGCCCAACAGCAGUCACCAAGCUCUGCUGCAGCAUCUAUUGUUGAAAGAGCAAAUGAGGCAGCAAAAGCUUCUCGUUGCUGGUGGUGUUCCCUUACAUACUCAAUCUCCCUUAGCAACAAAGGAGAGAAUCUCACCAGGCAUCCGUGGUACCCACAAACUGCCCCGUCACAGACCCCUGAAUCGGACCCAGUCUGCACCUUUGCCUCAAAGCACUUUGGCUCAGCUGGUCAUUCAGCAACAACAUCAGCAAUUCCUGGAGAAGCAGAAGCAAUACCAGCAGCAGAUCCACAUGAACAAACUGCUUUCAAAAUCUAUUGAACAACUGAAGCAACCAGGCAAUCACCUUGAGGAAGCAGAGGAAGAGCUUCAAGGGGACCAGGCGAUGCAGGAAGACAGAGCGCCCUCUAGUGGCAACAGCACUAGGAGUAACAGCAUUGCUUGUAUGGAUGAUGCAUUGGGACAAGUUGGGGCUGUGAAGGUCAAAGAGGAACCGGUGGACAGUGACGAAGAUGCUCAGAUCCAGGAAAUGGAAUCUGGGGAGCAGGCUGCUUUUAUGCAACAGGUAAUAGGCAAAGAUUUAGCUCCAGGAUUUGUAAUUAAAGUCAUUAUUUGAAAAUGAAAUGAUUUGCAGGUUUUGGUGAAUGGAUACUCUUCCCUAUCAGUUGAUAGCUCUGGAUAAUUUGUUCUUAAUGUUCAAGGAUUCUAACAAAGAUAGAUAUGUAUGCAUAUCUAUAUAUAGAUCACUCUAUAUGAAGAUCUCUAUACAGAUAUCAAGGUUU